UGGAAAGUAAACGAAUAUUCUUUUUCUAAUCUUGGAGGAAAAACCCCAAGAAACCUAUAUACCAAUUGGUCAUUGUUGUGAAAAAGUAGUGGAGUGAGGGUUUUACGCCGUAGAAGCAACGCCUCGCUGUCUCCGCUGCUCUUCUCCGCCGCCGUAUGUGAACUAGAAGAAGAGGAGGAGAAUUUGUUCGUUCUUUGUGUGUGAGAAAUGGUUGAAAUCUGGUGGUCGCUUUUGGGGGCGGCGAUCCCUGUGGUGGUUGCAGGGCAAGCGUUUCGGAUGAAGAAACGGCACGCAGAGGAGCAGCGGCUGAAGAGUGCUCGAGGGAGGGAAAGGAGUUCUGAUGAAAUUUUCGUGUGUGAGAGGGUCUGCACAUCCAAGAGGAUGCUCAAGAAGGUUGGCUCCUUCUCCAAAGACCCCAUUCCCGAUACAUGCGUCACAGUUUGUGGUGUUUCCGAUCUUGAUGCAUGUGCUGAUGCCUGUGCCCGCACUGUUUGUGUCAACCAACAUCAAGUGCCAAAUUGGAAUGACAUUUGUCUUAGGAGAUGCCAGAGUGAAUGCCUCAAACUUUCUUCCCAGUCCUCCUAGCAGAUGCUAUACAAGUAUCUAGCAGGUCCAAGAAUGUGACUUCUGACAGAUUUCUUUUCAUUUAUUGAAUAAAUGGCUCAAGUUUUCUAUUUUAUUCAUAUAACUGUUUUCAGAAAUAUUAGAUUAUGUAAUUUUAGAUAGCAAAGGACAAGUUUAGAUUUCUGUCGAAAAUCCCACCUCUGAUUUUAAGGUAAGAAGUAGAACGGGGAUUUCAUGCGGUGUAGGAGGAGAAAUUAUUUUUCUUAGUAUAAAUUUUGGACAAACUCUUGUUUAUCAGUAUCAUGACGAAUUAACUACAGUGAGCAAUAGCUUGAAAGAUGGUGCCAAAAAGUAAACUAAAAGAUUUGGUUUUCGUUGGAAGAACCACUGUGUUUCAUCGGAGGUUGCCAUUAGUUACCACAAAAUUAGCACAGCCAUUAUAGAACAUAAAUCUUUGUACCUGGAGGCAUGGUGGCUUCUCUUUAAUAUGAUGUUAUUUUUAAUGAGAUAUCACUUUCUUGUUGAAUGUAUCCAACACAAAGAUGUCAUGUUUGGGUUAUGUCCACCGAAGUCUUUCUCGUGGAAAGGGUAAAGUAAAUUUUCCUCUACUUAGUAUUUUUUUAACCAAAUUUAUAUAGAAUAUUGUGAAUCUCUUCGUUGUUUGUAAGCGACUACUUUAGUUUGUCCCUUUAACCCCUUGGACAUUCAGAAGCACUUCACUUAUUAAUAAUUUAGUUAAAGGUGAAAGCUGAGAAUAAUGGAGAUGAUCUUUGAUGUUUGCUUUUGCAAGAACAUACAUAUAUCUGCAGAGUGGGAUUUAGAAGACAAAUCUCUAUUUAGAAUGGAAAGUUUUAAUAUGGUUGGGGCAAAAGAAUUAUCACUUGUAUUUGUAUAGUUUAAUCGUUGUGUACUCUAAUUAAAAUUGAUGGAUAUGAAUUUUCAAUUUUUUAA